UGAGCGAGGUUUGGGUCACCAUGUUGGAUCAAAUGCUCAUUUUCACGUCGUUCCGCGUUUUGACAGUUUUAUCAUGCCGGUGACAAUUAUUCGUCGUGAGCCCAAAGUUUGAACUGUUGUAGGAGUGAUUCCCAGUUUUUUUUUAAUGAAAGGAGCUCUUAACGACACGUUCUCGACGGAGAGGAAGGAUUACUGUUUUGAUUUGGAGCUAUUCAUUAGCUAGCUAGAGGCUGAGCUGUCAGGUUGACUAGCACGGUGUUUUUCUGCUGCACGCCAGCAUUAAGAAGCUUUCACCUUUUUGUUGGCUUCAUCUAAAACUUGUGUGUCAACUUUGUCAAAAGCCCCUGUUGUUUUUUUCUUUUUUUUACAAGACUAUCGAUGUGGGGGAAGUAAGUUGCCAAGACAGCGAGGUUUCCUCUUUCGCUAUUUUGUGAUGCUCGAUUCUUGUCCAAAAAGGAGGAGGAUUGAUGCGCCCACCUCAGGUAGAUCUUGUAUUAUGUGAGUGAGCGGGGUCACCAAGACCCGGGCCUGCCUGCUGGAAGUGGGGCCUGGGCGAGGACACAGCACCGCUGCACUGGACCAGAAGCGUUAAGUAGGUUUGGGAGAUUAGCGCUGGUGGCCUACACACUCACCAACACACAUCUGAGGAGUUUUCCGUUUGGAAUAAUUCAUGCAAUUUCCUAGCAAACUGGAGCCAAGGUGGCAGGAACAGCGUGUGGUGAACUCGAGCACUUUUGCAAUAUGAUGGCUCUUCUCCAAGUGACAAGUUUCUGAUCCCACUAUAAAGUCUGUUCGACUUUCGUCAGCAGGGAGGGGGCGCCAUUGCUAUCAUGAGGGACAUUUAGGGCCACCAUUUUUAUUUAUUUAUUAAGGGGUGGGCGGGUUUUUUGUUUAAAUUUUUACUUAGACUUGAGUUGUCAUUUUACCAUAGUCAUUUCAGAUUUCAGCAUAUUUUGAACCCUCAAUGCACUUAUUUAGUGUUCUGGAAGUUUAAUUGUUUGUACUACAAGAGCCUGGUAGCUACUGCCGUCACUUCAGUUAGGCGGUGGAUGGCUCUUUGCGGCACAACAGCUUCAAAUGUUACAAAAAUGAUGGCCGCUUAUAACGGUGGCUCCUCAGUGGCUGCCCAUCACCCUCAUCACCACCACCACCUGCAGCAUCUUCCACCUCCACACGUGCAUUGUCACCACCACACAGACCAGCAUCACCUGCAGCACCCGGGCUCCGCCGCUGCAGUUCACACCAUCCAGCAGCACACCUCCGCUGCCGCUGCGGUGAUGCUCAACCCUGGUCAACAGCAACCUUAUUUCCCCUCCCCGGCCCCUGGACAGGCCCCUGGCCCCGCGGCAGCCGUGGCCCCUGCUCAAGUUCAAGCUGCUGCUGUUAAAGCGCACCAUCAUCACCACCAUCAUCAUCAGCAGCACACACACCACUUGCAGCCACAGCUAGAUAUAGAGCCGGACAGGCCUAUUGGCUAUGGUGCGUUUGGGGUGGUCUGGUCAGUCACAGACCCCAGGAAUGGGAAGCGCGUUGCUCUCAAAAAGAUGCCCAAUGUCUUCCAAAAUCUUGUUUCUUGCAAGAGGGUAUUUCGAGAACUGAAGAUGUUAUGUUUCUUUAAACAUGAAAAUGUGCUCUCGGCUCUUGACAUCCUUCAACCUCCACACAUUGACUACUUUGAGGAAAUUUAUGUCGUGACUGAACUGAUGCAAAGCGACCUGCACAAGAUCAUUGUCUCACCACAGCCUCUGAGCUCAGACCACGCCAAAGUUUUUCUCUAUCAAAUUCUACGAGGACUUAAAUACCUUCAUUCUGCUGGCAUCCUUCAUCGAGAUAUUAAACCAGGCAACCUCUUGGUCAACAGCAACUGUGUACUAAAGAUUUGUGAUUUUGGCCUGGCCAGGGUAGAGGAAACCGAUGAGUCGCGGCACAUGACUCAGGAAGUGGUGACUCAAUACUAUAGAGCCCCCGAGAUCCUAAUGGGGAGCCGCCACUACGCCAACUCCAUUGAUAUCUGGUCUGUGGGCUGUAUCUUCGCUGAGCUGCUAGGGCGACGAAUUCUCUUCCAAGCCCAAAGUCCUAUACAGCAGCUGGAUUUGAUCACUGAUCUGUUGGGAACUCCCUCUAUGGAGGCAAUGAGGACAGCAUGUGAAGGUGCUCGUGCGCACAUUCUCAGAGGACCAAGCAAACAGCCAUCCCUUCCUGUUCUUUACACACUGUCCAGUCAAGCGACUCAUGAAGCUGUCCAUCUCCUAUGCAGGAUGCUUGUGUUUGAUCCAUCGAAGCGGAUUUCAGCAAAGGAUGCCCUUGCUCACCCUUACCUGGAUGAGGGUCGACUGCGCUACCAUACAUGCAUGUGCAAAUGCUGCUACACGACAUCCACUGGCCGGGUUUACACAAGUGACUUUGAACCUGUCACCAACCCCAAGUUUGAUGAUGGCUUUGAAAAGAAUCUAAGCUCUGUGAGACAAGUCAAAGAGAUCAUUCAUCAGUUCAUUUUGGAACAACAAAAGGGGAGUCGAGUACCACUCUGCAUCAACCCUCAGUCAGCUGCUUUCAAAAGCUUUAUCAGUUCCACAGUGGCACAACCCUCUGAAAUGCCUCCUUCUCCACUGGUGUGGGAAUAGCUGCUGUUGUGAGUGUGAUCAUCUUUGCCCGAGAAGCUGCUAAUAUGGAAUCAUGAAAGCGUCUCAAUGUCAUCAGUCAUCUGUGUAGCAUUUCACUGGAAAAGCAUGACUUCUCGUUGACAUCUACUGAUUGUAUGCUCAAAUAUGAUAAAAAAAAAGAUUUAAAAAAACAACAACACAAAAACAUCCACUAUCUGCUUUUUGUGGGUGUAAUACAAAGAUGGAAAUGUAUGUGACAAAUACUCAAUAGGAUAACGUUAUCAUCUUUACACAGCGCCAUAAUGAAAUAUAUUUGCUUUCAUGUAUAUAUUUAAAAUUUUUCACAAGCUGUGAUUAUGACUUUUCCCCCUGUAAUUGGUUAGUACGACGACAGCUGUCUUCCCUUCUGAACUGUUAGAUUACAAAAUCAGCAUUAAACCCAAUUCAACUUGAUAUUUAGGCCAUCGAUUAUAGUUGCAUCAUCAGAUUUAGAAACCUCAGGCUCCCUCCAAUUUUCUUGGUUAUGUCAUAUUAACUGUGUUCCAUCACACUCUUUGUCAUUUCUUUUUGCCAAAGAUUCAGUUCAUGCACAAAGAGGGCGUGUUUCUGGUAAUUAUGCCAAUUUUAAAAGUUGUUGAAAUGUUUCACGCAGUGUAGUCAUAAACCUCAUUAUUUGUAAUGUAUCUAUAUUCAGAAUAAAAUGUAUUUAAGGAAAUUCUAAUUAUGGCAACGCUUGCAUAUACCCACAAAAGUGGACGAGCAUACAGGAAUGUAGUUAUUGAUUUUAAAAAGUAUGAAGCUUCACAUUAAUACCACAAAUAUAAGCAUGCUGAAUUGCAUGCAGUUUAUUAGAUAAUAUUUGCAAAUAUUUUUACCUAACCAGCAGCUGCAUUUAAAAUAAAAAACAAAAAAAACAUUGUCUAGAAUUCUUAGGUAUAACCUGACAAUAGUAAGCGUAGUAAUUUUAGUAGUUUUCCAGUUGACAAAAAAAUUACAGUGCAAGCUCACCUUGCUCACGCUGUUUUUGCUGAAGAAAUCAGUUUUUCCUUGUAAAUGACCUGUUAUGGUCACAUUUAUAUGUGCCCGUGCUCGCGCCAUAGAGUGUAAUGUUAAAUGGGGAAUUGGCUGGUUGGAAGAAGCAACAUGGCUGAAAUAUGCAAAUAUCAUUGUCAGAUUUGGAACUUACACACUGGGGUCUUUUGAAAAGUAUGUCAUUUACAAUGAAGCAGUAAGGGAAAGGGGCAGCUAACCCCCAUAUAAACAUUGUAUCGUACUUUAAACCCAUACAUUUUUUCCAAACCUAUUGGUUAGUUCAAUAUUCUAUUCGUUGCAAUCAUAAAACAUUAAUUGUAAGGUAGGGGUACGGUACGCCAAAUUUUUUUAAGGUCAUGGUCUAGUUAAUGCAUUGAAAAACGACUUAGUUUUUUUGUGAAUUAUAUUUAAAAUUGGACCUAAUAAAACAGGUAAUGCUCCAAUAAUUUUAAUGAUCUAAUAAAAAAUUCAAAUACAAAAAUUUUAAUUUAAAUUAUUUAAUAGUAGUGUGCCGAUAAUACUUUUCACUUCCGAUACCAUUAUCAUAUUGGAGCCUUACGUAUUAGCUGGUACCGAUAUUGAUUCAAUACGAUAUCAGCACGAAUCAUACAUACUUUUAUUUUGUAGUGUGGAAUGUAAAAAAAAAAAGUUUGACCAAGUGAUAUUACUCAGAACAAUGUAAGUAUGAAAACACCAACCUAUUUAUUAUUAAACGUCUAGAAUAAACGUAUGCUGUCUUUAAGUUGAAGUGACGUGGUACAGUAAUUGUUUUUUGUGACACCUGUGGGCCACAAUAGUUUAUUAAGUUAAGUCAUGAUGCAGUAAGUUUAAUGAUACGGACACGUUUAUUACUGGAUACUUUGUUAUACGGUUCUGCUUUGGAGACUUUGUCUCUAUAAAUAAUAUGCAAAUAUAAUUAUCUAAUAAUUUAAUUAUAAUAUUAUUUUAUUUAAUAUGAACAUAAAAUUGUUUUAGGCUGCAAUAUUGCUCAAUUAAGGACACCUAAUACAUAUGCAGUGUUGGGUUAGUUACUGAAAAGCAGUAACUAGUUACAGUUACUAGUUACUUCAUUUAAAAAGUUACUCAGUUACUAACUCAGUUUCUUACACCAAAAAGUAAUGCGUUACUGUGAAAAGUAACUAUUUAGUUACUUCUUUUUGUCUUUUUUUUUUUUUUUAGAGCUCCCAUUAAUGCCCUUUUAGCCUUCAUUUCAGUACUGUUAUUGCACUGGAGAAUAAUACAAUGUGUUGAUCAACUUGACACGCAUUUGCAUCACUGAACUCUGCUAAGCAAUGUGGUCUACAUACAACACACAAAGACAAAGAUAUGUUACAAAGACCAAUUUGUUUCUGGCCAGAACAAAUUGACAAAACUAUUUUAAAUAGCUGCAACAUAACGUACAUAAGUAACAAACAGCAUAAUAACAGCAUAGAUGUAAACCAAGAAAGGCACACACUACAUACACAAAGCCUAACCAGGCAUUUUCUUCCUCAAGUAAUUCUGAUACAAAAUCAUGUCUGAAGCCCAGAAGACUCUCCACAUUUCCCCAGUUUUAGUUUAGAGAUAAGGAAAAAUUGGCCUGGCCCACUAGGAUCCCUCUUUAUGUUUGUGAACUUUAUAGUCUAUACAUUUAGAGUGAUGUGAUAAUCAAACACUCUAGAAGUCUAGAAUGAAAGAGUAUAUAAGAGAAUUGACAGCAACGUUCCCUCUCAGGAGCGCGCCUGUGCAAUUGUGCACUGCUCAAGCGUCCUCUGCGCACGGCAAAUCUAUGCCACGCACAAAAUCAAAUAAAAAAAUAAGCGCAUAACAAUUUUCGACACG